AGGCAUAGAGGAAAAGAUAAAAAGGAUAACUCUAAACAGAAAAAAAAACAUAUUUCGUUGGCUAUUCAUAUUAAAACAUCCGUUUUGUUAACUGACCUCUUCUUCCGGUUUUAUCAGCGACAGCAGCCUGUGAGUUUUUUUAGCGCUGAAUCAAGAAACGAUUUUAAUAUGAAAAUUGACCGGAAGUGAGAAGCUCCAGCCGCUCCGGUGCCGUUUCCGACAACAACACAAGKUUUUCGAGCUAUCGCAGCUCGACUUUGACUAAAGGAUUACAAAAAACAACGUUUCUAAACGAAAUGAAAAGAUAAAACAACCGUUUCAGCCUUCAGCAGAUGUUUAUUCCCAGGAUGUAUUAAUUUAAGGAUCAUUUUAAGCAAAAAUCUUCUGAUUCUCCAGCAUGCUGUCAGCUGGGASAGCAGCCCGGUGUUCUCUGAAAAUAUUUAGGAGCAUCUCCAACUCUUCUGAACACAGAGGACAGAUGUUUCUCAGUACUGUGUAUAUGAGGGGGGUCGUCUGGUGAAAACAGUCUCCAGUCUGCAGAGGACUGGAUCGCUGUCCGAUAUGGUCAGCUUCUACCUCGGCUGCAGCUUCGGAUUCGAAGGAAAACUGAAGGAAGCUGGAAUCCCRGUGAGGAACGUUGAGCAAGGCAGAAACAUCAGCAUGUACAGGACUGCGGUUCACUGCGUCCCAAGCGGAGCAUUCAGCUGCCCCCUAGUGGUCACCAUGCGCCCGGUUCCCGCUGGUUUACUGGACUCAGCGGUGGAGGUCACUCACCUCAACCCYCUAGCUCACGGAGCCCCGGUACACAUCGGAGAUCCAGCUCUCCUGGGGAUCCAGGAUCUGUCAAAACCGGAUUACGGAGAGCCGGUGGAGCUUCAGCCCAGAGACGUCCCCGUGUUCUGGGCCUGUGGCGUGACGGCGAUCGAAGCCAURCUCAGCAGCAAACCUUCCCUGGCUUUCAGCCACUCACCAGGCUGCAUGUUCCUCACCGACACCCCAGACUCCCCUUCCUCUGACUCUCUGCGCACCAAACCCGACCCUGAGCUGACCCCGCUCUGCUUCCCCYUAUCCCACAAUCCUCUUUUCUACAGCCUGGUCUCAAAGGCGGCGGCGGCGAAGAUCCAACAGCUAGAGGAGAUAAUUGGUGAAGACCCAGGUCAACGAGGGAUCAGAGCUUUAUUUGUUCAGGAUGAACUCCUUCGCUCCUGCCUGGCGCUCUCCCACUCCUCGUCUGUUGCCAUAACAACCGGAUUUCCCACACACUACAUGCACAACCCCCCCGACGAGACGGACGGCCCGCCUGGAGCGAUCGCCAUGGCGACCAUGCUGCUGUCUCUAGGGAAACAGGUGACGCUGCUGACRGACAGCAGGGCGCUGGAGAUGAAUCGAGCCAUCGUCGACGAGGCGGUGCGAACAGGGGUCCUUAAAGAUGCAGUCCCACUGGUCACGUUUGAAGACCGCCGCCCAGACGCUGCGCUGCACUUCCUGUGUCACGACGGAGACCCCAACAAGCCCAGGUUCGACCACCUGGUGGCGAUAGAGCGCAGCGGACGGGCUGCAGAUGGAAAUUAUUACAACAUGAGGGCAAUAAACAUCAAACAUCUAGUGGAUCCCAUUGAUGAUUUGUUUGUCGCUGCAAAGAACAUACCAGGAAUUACAACAACAGGAAUCGGCGAUGGUGGUAACGAGCUGGGGAUGGGUAAAGUGAAGGAGAAGGUGAAGACCCUGAUGCCCAAAGGAGAUCUGAUUGCCUGUGAUGUUCCAGCUGACUUCGCCAUCACCGCCGGAGUGUCCAACUGGGGGGGCUACGCUGUGGCCUGCGGGCUCUACCUGCUGCACACCUGCCCCUCACACAUGCGUUACCUGAAGAGAGGACUUGGGCUGCAGUUUGUCGGCUCCCAGGAGCAGCAGCGGGACUGGAGGACCAACCUGCCGUCUGUCCAGAAGGAGGAGUCCUUCCUGUCCACGCUGGUGCGUUUCGGGAUACGAAGUGGGAAAACUGGGAACCUGGCCAUGGAGGUGGACGGUUUGACCUUUCACCCCACGCACUCCGACAUGAUCAGCAGACUGCUGGAGGCCACUCUGAGCUCCGCCACACGACCGCCGGCUCCCUAACGACCACUGAGUCCAGAAAACUUUGAAGCCAGCGGUCAGAAAAACUGAUGUGUUUUCAGAAAGCAGCGGAGGAUGACGGCAGAUUGUCGAGUUGG